AUGACAAUAUUUAGUUACCGUUAGCAUACCAGAGAAGCACGUACCAAAUUAUUCAGAGACCUAGUGUAGCACUUAUUUAAACACGAUGUGGACCAAAUUCGCUUUAUUUAUAGUAAUAGCAUCGUUUCUGAAAUUCUCUAGAGCAGCAGAUGAUGACUGGUUAAAACACGCGGUAGUUUACCAAAUAUAUCCACGAUCAUUUAAAGACAGCAACAACGAUGGCAUCGGGGAUCUUCAAGGAGUAAUAAGCAAACUUGAUUAUUUAUCAGAAACGGGGGUUAAUGCGAUAUGGCUUUCCCCGAUUUACCCCUCGCCUAUGGUGGACGCAGGCUACGACAUCAGCGAUUUCAUGGACAUACACCCGGACUUCGGUACAUUAGAUGAUUUUGAUGAGUUGCUUAUUAGGACAGCCCAUGAACUUGGCAUAAAAAUUAUUUUGGAUUUUGUUCCGAAUCAUACCAGCGAUCAGCACGAGUGGUUUAAAUUGUCCCAAAAUAACACUGAGGGAUACGAGGACUAUUACAUUUGGAAAAACGGCUACAAUAAUAAUUCAACAAUAGCCCCCAAUAAUUGGUUGAGUCAAUUCAAAUAUUCUGCCUGGGAAUAUGUGGCCCAGAGGAAUCAAUAUUAUUACCAUCAAUUUGCCGUUGCUCAACCUGACUUAAACUACAGGAACCCUAAAGUUGUACAAGAAAUGAAAGAUAUAGUCACCUUUUGGUUAGAUAAGGGCGUAGAUGGUUUCCGAAUUGACGCAGUUCCCUAUUUAUUCGAACAUUCCGAUUAUAGAAACGAACCGCGCUCUGAUGAUUUCGAAAAUUACCAACCUUAUGAAGCCGGCUAUCUUAAUCAUAUUUAUACUAUGGAUCAACCGGAAACUCUUGAUAUGAUUUAUCAGUUUAGAGAACUUGUGAACAAUUACAAACGACAGAAUGGAGGUGAUACCAGCUAUCUAUAUUUUAAGUGUAGCACUUAUUUAAACACGAUGUGGACCAAAUUCGCUUUAUUUAUAGUAAUAGCAUCGUUUCUGAAAUUCUCUAGAGCAGCAGAUGAUGACUGGUUAAAACACGCGGUAGUUUACCAAAUAUAUCCACGAUCAUUUAAAGACAGCAACAACGAUGGCAUCGGGGAUCUUCAAGGAGUAAUAAGCAAACUUGAUUAUUUAUCAGAAACGGGGGUUAAUGCGAUAUGGCUUUCCCCGAUUUACCCCUCGCCUAUGGUGGACGCAGGCUACGACAUCAGCGAUUUCAUGGACAUACACCCGGACUUCGGUACAUUAGAUGAUUUUGAUGAGUUGGUAAAGAAGGCCAAUGACGUUGGAAUUAAGAUCAUAAUGGAUUUUGUACCCAAUCAUACCAGUAAUCUACACAAAUGGUUUCAAUAUUCAGAAAAUAAAACUGAAGGAUAUGAGGACUUCUAUGUAUGGAAAAAUUCUUCUGAAAACGGUGUACCACCAAACAAUUGGAUAAGCGUAUUCAAAUAUUCCGCUUGGGAAUACAGCGAAGUUCGAGGAGAAUGGUAUUUGCAUCAGUUUGCCAAAGAACAACCCGAUUUAAACUACAGAAGUCCAGCUGUAGUGCAAGCCAUGAGGGACGUGUUGGUAUUCUGGAUGGACAGAGGAGUUUCAGGUUUCAGAGUCGAUGCCAUAAGUCACAUGUACGAAGAUAUACGAUUUAUAAAUGAACCUUUGGCUAAUGGGUAUGGCACAUACAAUGUCAGUAUUUACGACUGUUUGAACCACAUUUACUCAAAAAAUCAAAUCGAAACUUACUGGGAAGUAUACGCAUGGAGAACUCUUCUUAACAAUUACAGUGAAACUCAUAAUCGUGAGAAAAUGAUACUAAUGACAGAAGCAUGGGAAUCAACGAACCUCACCAUGAUGUUUUACGGAAAUGAAACUAAUGAGGGAGUGACUUUUCCAUUCAACUUCAAAUUUAUCACAGACUUAUCAACUUCAACAUCGGCCCAAGAUUUAGUAAAUGUCAUUUUAGAAUGGUUGAAUAAUAUGCCAGAAGGAAAAGUUGCAAACUGGGUGCUUGGUAACCAUGACCAACAUCGUAUAGCAACACGACUUGGUACUGAUCGGGUCGAUGGUUAUAAUUUAGUUGCUCAAUUACUCCCUGGUACUGUUCUUACAUACAAUGGGGAAGAAAUUGGAAUGGAAAAUGGCGAAGUAUCAUGGGAUGAGGGUCAAGAUCCCAGUGCGUGCAAUGGUUCACCCUUGGACUUUAAUUCCACGAGUAGAGAUUUUCAAAGAACGCCAUACCAAUGGGACAACACUACCAAUGCCGGUUUUAAUAAUGGAAGCAAAACAUGGUUGCCAGUGAGCAGUAAAUAUUUAUCAUGUAAUCUAUUAGACCAACGAUUCCCUGAAGACAAAAAAAGUCACUAUCAUGUUUAUAAGAGUGUUGUGGCUCUAAGAAAAAAUGAACCGUUUGUUACUGGAGAAGUAAGUCUGGCAGCAGUUACUGAAAGCGUUAUUGCUUUUACUAGACGAUUAGAUGGUCAUGAUGUCUACGCAGUGUUAUUCAAUUUAGGUGAAAACUCACAAAACGGAAACAUAACGGAAAAGUUUCCCCAACUAAAUGAGGAUUUGGAGGUUGUAAUAGCAAGUGCUAGUUCAGCCAGAAAUAUAGGCGACAAAAUUUCACCUUCCAAUUUUGAACUUGCUGCAUUUGAAAGUUUGGUCGUCAAGGCUAAAAGUGAUGGAUCAAUUUCCUCUGCUUCGAUUAUAAUUAAUGUUAUUUUGAUUUUGCCAAUUAUUUUUUAUAAAACACUAUAAUUUUUUGUAGGCAAAGCAACUUCCUCUUGUCAAUAAAUAUCAUUUUAGUUUU